AUGAUUCCCACGCCCGACAAGAAACCCAAUGCACCAAAGCCACAAGGGCUACGACGUGCUGGUGGCGUAAGUCACGCGGUCACCGCCGAGGCGAUCAAAGCCGUCCGAGGAAAGGCCCAAAUGAUUUCCACGCCAUCGGGGUUGCGGCCCGGGGGCACGAAUUCAAAGGUCAAACCAACAGGUUCUACUCUGACAACAUCUCAGACACUCCCAGCCAGUACCCUCUCGAGCACGGGAAACGGGCAAGGCCCCGUGGACCGAGGCCUAGAUCGGACACAAGAACUCACUUCAGACCGAGCCGCCGGAACAGCGUCGAAUACUAUCCGUGGCUUCAUCCGUACCUCCGGGCUGGCAAAGUCGUCCGGGCUAGUUAGGUCGCCUACGGAGACUCUGGCCACGAUUUUACGCAACGGUACUGAGUCUCUCCGCAACCGGGCCGAGUCACUGCGAAACGCCUCCGGAUCUCUCCAGCGCGCGAAUCGGAAGGAAUCAAUAAGUAAUCCGUCACCCAUUCCGUCAAGAGAUAAUUCAGAGUCAUCAAGAUCUGAAAGGUCAUUUCAAUCAUUUCGGUCAUUUCAAUCAGCAAGCGAAAUACCAAGUAUCCCCGGAACCGGUCCAACGUCACCCGCAAAGCCGGCCACUGUUGAGAACCAACCAACCGAGAAGCAAUCACCUCCCAAGCAGUCAACUACAUCAAGCAAGCCAGUAACCACCAGAGUCACAUUGUCAGAGGAACCACCCUCCACAGAAAACCCGAGAAAGCUCCUUACGUCGACUGAAAAGAUCUCUGCACUGGCAAAGCCAUCCAAGGUGGGCAAGAUCCCGAAGCCUGCAAAACCAGCGACGUCCGAAAAGUCCCCGCCCCCGAAGGCAAAAAAGGCCGAUACUCCGUUAAAGAAGCAAGAUCUACCGAAGAAGGAAGAACGUUCCAAACCACCGCCUCGUCUUCGUACCUCUGGUACAAUCAUGGAGAUUGCGGAGCUCGAUGGGCUUCAGGUCGCAACUCCCAAAGAGUAUCUUCAGUCCAAUAUCACUGAUGUUCAUGCCGAUCUGGGUGAUAUGCACUCUCAAGAUAAAGCUGACUUUGAGGGCAAUGGUGUCAAUCCCCUGGCUCUUUCUCUUGUUUUUAAUAUCCUUGUUGUCGCCGUCACCCAACUGAACAGGGCCCUCCGAACGGGUACCGACAGCUAUUAUACCAAGUUCGUCAUUAGCAAUACUCUCAGUAUGACUAGCCACUGCUAUCGUGUCUUUAGUUGCAUUUAUGCUGCUGUUUCUCGCUACCAGGCCACUGGUGCUUGGCCGAAGGCUCGUGAUGACCAGGCCAUCAGCCGGUUCAUGGUAGAGCUUCUGCAAGCUAUUGUCUAUCUUUUCAUCCUUGGCUUUGCAGCCAUGUUAGUUGGCCGCACUGCUGGAUACGUUGUUCUCGUGAGCAGUUGGAUUGUGUGGUUCGCUAGGCCGUUCGCUUGGGCUUUCCAAUGUGUCGGCCGCGCCUUGAUAAUGUAA